AUGGAUUUGGGCGAGGAUGUCAAUGGAACGUCGCAGCCCCGGCUGGCGAUUCCCCGCCGUUCUAACAUCACCCUGUUCAAGCUGCGUUUCGGCCAGAUUAAAUUGUACUUACAGUCUCGUGGCAUCCAAUACGAAAGCUCCGAGACAGAGAGUGUUAAUAUCAGCAGAGUAAAAAUCAACGACAUUGCAAAGGGCGUCGAUGCCAUCCAAGCUUUCCUUCAGACCACAAACAGGCCACCACCAGCCACGGAAAAUGGAACCGACAGGAGUGUGGUAUCAGUUGAUAAUCGACUUGAGACGGUCAAGCAUGGAUCCCGGGGGGUGUCUCUUUGCGCACCUGGGAGCAACACCCACUGGGAUCACUCUGCACACAUCAUUGAAUUUAUCAAAACAUUUGUUGAACAUAUAGAGCCUGCAUAUGUUGGCACUGAGGGUGGCAAAGUGGUAUCGUCCAUGAAGACUCUUCUUACGAGUCUUGAAAACCCUAAACAUUUGGUCAUUCCCAAAGCCAUGGCUCCAGCACCGGAAAGUAACUCUGAGAUGCCCCCCUUGGCGGCUUCAGUGGACAUACUACGUUGGGCUCAAGCCCAUCACACCAACGCAACUGUAUCUCGGAUGUCGCAUGUACUUCCUCUUGAGCGAUUCGCCGAUAUAUGCCGAAAGGUCUAUUUUGCAAUCGACGAUUUCAACGAGAUAGAUUUUAUUCUGUCUAAUGGGUACAUGUACUUCAUCUUCUGCGAGCAUGCGGCGGGGUCUGGACGGGAAGACUACAUGGAAUACGGCAAGCUUUGUGAAAGGAACAUGUUCAAGGCUUUCCAGAGGCUCCCGCUUCUUUUGCCGUCAUCCAUGGAAGUCAUAGCUGCGCUGAUGCUUGGGGCAUUCAAUGCUGUUGAAAACUCCAAGGCUUCGCUAGCUUGGAGCUUCAUAUCCGUUGCAUCAACUCAGUGUCAAACUCUUGGUUACCAUCGAAGCCCACCGGGACGGUCUCGAGGGACAAUAAAUUCUCUUCGAGCUUCCCAGGAACGGCUGUUCUGGUCGGUUUAUCGGCUUGACAAAGGGCUAUCUCUUCGCUUUGGUCGGGCGCCGAAUAUUUCUGAUACUGAGAUAACAAUACCCUUCGAGCAAGAUUUACCAAGACCCGUUCGAGUGGCGAGGAUUCAAGGUAACGUGUAUGAGCAACUGUAUAGCCCAGCGGCCAUAUCCGUUGCGAAUAGUACUACACGGAUUCACCACGCCGAGCAGCUUGCCGAGCAGCUGCGAAGUUUGAUCGCGGAAACAUAUACCGAAUUGAACGCAAGUGAUGAACGUAGUGUAUCGUUGGACCCAUUGCGGGACUAUCAUCUGCAAUGUGACUUGGUUUGCUUGACUUCGUUAUUGACGCUCAUUCUGCGUGCCGUACCUCUUCCUCUGCAGCCUUUAGAGGGCUCAGUAAACAACUACGUCACUGCUGCUCGCGAGGUUUUCGAUAUUCACCACAAAUGCAUGAUGGGCAUAAAGAAACGUGGAAUCGGUUGUUCCAUGCAUAGAAAGUAUAUAAACUGGGCAAUUGUAAACACACCUUUUGUUCCAUUCACCAUCCUAUUCACGCGAGUGAUCCAAUUUCACGACGUGGCUGAUUUGGCUCGCCUGAAACGCUUCACAGAUUCUCUCUGUCCAGAUUCAGUUGGAUCGGAAUCUAUAACCCAUCCUCAUCAGUUGUACGAUCUGCUUUGCCAGGCUGCGCAGCUCUAUAUGAGAACCAAUGCCCUUUAUUCAUCUGAAAUCCUUCCCUCACUCAACGAGGAUCCUUUGCAAGCUGCGCAGGCGAGCUUGGUGGAUAAUAGCGUCGAGAUGGUCAUGGAGCAUGCAAAGGGUUUUGAAGAGAGCAUUUCUAAUUUUGAUAACUUGGACGACUGGUUUCAAGGGAAUCAACAACUUAUGAGUCUGCUUGAUGAAAAUACACCCUUCUGA